AAAGACUAGAUAUCAGGCUUCUGACCGAGCCAUACCGGGUUUUACUUUCACUACCAUGAUUCACACUCCUUUCUGUGCUAUCCUCUUGUAAGCUUGGUCUGAAUCCCUUACCCGCUUCCGAGCUAAUUCCCUUUUGGCCUCAUCCCGACUCUUCUCUCCUUUAAACCUAAUCUUCAUCUUCUUUAACUUCCAACCCUGCCUACGAAUCUGCGAAUUAGGAGGAGUCUGCGCCCAACUUCAUGUCCUCGGCUAGUCUUGCAACAGCGUCCAGCACCGCGCUUCCUCCUAAUCCUACCACCCCUGCAUUCUCGGACGACCUUGAAUGGAUCACGGCAUAUCUUACAAUUCACUCCCUUAGCAUUCCCAGUCGGCGUUAUUCCUUUCUUAUCUGGAUUGUUGUCGUUUUAUUUUUUCUUGCCUUCGCCAUCUUGCACUGGACGGGCUCAAGGGGUGGUUUUCUCGGAGCCCUUUGGACAAAAUGGACUCUCCGCCGACGAACUUGGAGAAAGAAACACAACAUCGCACUUGCUCUCAAAAACGACUAUUCACACCGCCAGCCCAACUCUUUGCCUUCCAAUGCCCAACUUCUUUGUUUGGCACUACUCUUGGGAGGUUCCCUAGCCCUUGCUUUUGUCGGCCCAGACUAUAUUUCUCCGACUCUCAAGGUGUGGCAAGUUCGCCGAGAUAUCCCCUUCGUGGAGCCCCAGCGUCGUAAUUUUAUUCCCAACAUCGCUCCCUAUUUACCACUUCAACCACAAUAUACUAUCGAUAAAGCAUGGUGGACUUCAUCAGCACGCACAGGGCAAAUCGCAUUCGCUCUCCUUCCUCUUUGCGUGCUUUUUGCCCUCAAAGCCCCCCCUUUCGCAAUCUUUGCCAUUCCUUUCAUGAUACAGUUCUUCUUCGACAAACUCGCUUGGCUUCACCGCUGGACAGGCAGGCUGAUAUGGUUUCUUACAUCAAUUCAUGUGGCGCUCUGGAGCGUUCAGCUCGUCCAAGACCAUAAUCCCAGUACUGGUCGUGUCGCAUACGUGUACGCUUUCUCCUACAUGCCCUUCAUAUUUGGCUGGGUCGCGUUUGCAUUGCUAACAUCCAUAAUCGUUCUGUCCAUGAACUCCAUUCGAAGAAACUUCUAUGAAGCCUUCUAUUUCUUGCAUGUUUUGCUUGUCCCACUUAUGCUCGCCUCUGCUGCAUUCCAUCAUCCCACCCUCUGGUGGUGGUGUUGGGGUGCUCUCGCAAUUUGGGCAGGUGAACGCCUUUGGCGGUGGACGUGGUGGUUUGCCGCAAAUACUUCCAUUCUAGGUAGCAGUUCGUCAUCUAAGCGCUUACACCCUACAAUAAGUACUGCCGACACGCUUGAGACGGAACAUCUUCGCCUCCAGUCACUUGAUUCGCAAUCCUUCCGUUCACCGAGCUCUUUGAACCCACAUCAUCAGUCUGACAAACACACAGUUGGUCUACAUUCAUCAUUGCUGCCCAUUCGUCUACCCACAGGAUCGCUCGAACUGGACACUGCUAGGUCCACAAUACACCAUCCCUCUCCGUAUAUUCCUCCUCCAGGGUAUGCCCACGCUGAACUUCUCUCUGGGCAUACAGUGCGGCUGCGUCUUAUAACCCCCGGUUUUCUACCGUGGGCUCCGGGUCAACACUUCCUCAUCAAAAUCCCCAGCGUCUCCCGAUUCACUACCCAUCCUUUCACCUGUGCUUCUGUAUGUGACUAUGAGUCACCUACAAACGAGGGCCGCUUGAUAGUUAUGCUCAUCCGUGCAAGAAAUGGCUGGACUCAAGAUUUAUGGAAUUUAGUUUCCCGUAUGACCGCUGAGCACUCACCUGGUGACACCCCAAUUUGCGCUGCAGAAAAUCUUCCUAGUCACGGUGUCUUGUUGAGGACAUAUGUAGACGGACCUUUUGGUAGUUCGAUUCGCGCUCGUUGGGGGAACUAUUCGACAGUGCUGAUCAUUGCUGGUGGCUCAGGAGUGAGCUUCGGCUUGUCUGUGCUGCAGUACAUAUGUAUGUGCCUUUCCGGUCGGGACGGGAAGAGUUUGGGUGGCCAACCUGGAGGUUGGGGGAACAAAUCAUUCCUAACCAAACGGGUACGCUUCGUAUGGCUUGUCCGUGAAUAUUCUCACAUACAGUGGUGUGCUUCUAUUGUUCGCCGUUGUCUUUCCUUGGUACCAUUGUCUGCAUUGCAGAUCGACAUCUUUAUUACCAACUUCAAACCCAUUGCUCUCAAGAAAUCCGAUAUCCCUCCUUUGCAGGUUCCUCAGCGGCCACUCUUUACUUCUGAGCCCGUUCGUUUUGAGGACCUGCAGCCUCCUCACCCAUCCUUUGCACGUGACAGUCCUUCGUCGUUCCGCUCUGAUUCCAACGACUCCCUUGACAAUUCCGAUAGUGAUAUUGACCUGAGCUACUACACUGGAGAAUCUGGGGACCCAAUGGCACCAGAGGAGGAUAUUGGCUUGGCGCAUGAGUCUCACAUACUUGAGUUGACCAACUUCGAUGGUGACGAUGACACUGCUCUGCCAGGGGAACACAAUCUGUCCCGCAAGGUGAAGAAGGAAGGCAAGCUGCGACGAGCUCAGUCGCGGAAGUUCUCCAGUGAGAAAACGGUGCGGUUGCUGCAACCUCCCAGUCGUCCUAGCAACAUGCAGCUCGCUGCGAAUGGAGUAUCUGCUAUUUCUGCCACCUCAGGACUUUCUACGAACAGACUACUGCCAUUAUCUAUAAAUUCGGACAAGAGGUGGUCUGAAAUAUCAAUGGACACCUUCGCAUCUCCAACCUCCAUGUACGGCGAUUCACCGACACGCGGUCGGCAGUCGACGUACCAUGAGCCUACCUUCCCCCUGAGUGGUCGUUCUUCUCAAAUGGGUCAUGCAGGGCCGUCAACACCCAGGUAUUCCACCGGUAGCUGGGAAGGCAAAUCAGAUGCUGGCAGUUCCCGGGGUCUGUUACCAUCUUCCGCACCCAAUGGCUUGCUCGAUCCGGUCCAGUUUGACAUCAGCGAGGAAGAAGCACGGGAUAUUAAUGUUGUUGCAGAGCAUGCACGACUUGGUAAACCCAAGCUUGACAGGAUACUUGCAGAUGAAGUCGAGCAGUCGGAAGGCUCCGUGGUGGUUGCUUGUUGUGGUCCCACCUCGCUCAACGUGAUGGUUCGCAAAAUCAUUGCCGAACAGAUCGACCCUGGGCGGGUCUGGCGAGGUGAUAUGCGCGGGUCGAUAUCACUCAUUUCCGAGGAAUUCGAGUAUUGACGAUUUACUGUGACAUUUUGUUUCACUCUUCAUUUCUGUGAAUAUCGACGAUUCAUCGGGACAUUUCAUUGUACUCUUCAUCGAACAAUAUUACCUUUACCAUGUAUCGUUUUCACGUACAUUUUCCCCUCACAUUUUGUAUCUCAUCUCAGCAUCCGUUGUAGUCGUUGUCCGGACAUAACAUAAGUCCACUAGAAUAGUCGGUCAAUGUAUUCCUCGUCGGGUCUGUUGACGU